GAACUGGAAAUCUAGUCGGGUGAACGAACUCCAGAAAGCAAUCGUGAUUCCUCACCUUCUCCCUUCACGACUCUCUCUGGGGAGAAAGCAAACUCUCAAACAGUUUGAGGCCUUGGGCAGGAGGAAGGAAGAGACGGCCCAGCACGCCUCUCUCACCCUUUGCCCUGCUUUCAGCUUUCAGUGGAGCAAAGGCUGAGAGAGGCGUGUUGCUAUGGGUUGGUAGUGUGUGUGUGUGUUGUGUGUGUUCAGAUGCUGUACCACCGCCAAGUGGGAGGGGAGGAGGGAGGCCGGCUGCAGAGGGGUGUGUAAUGUCGAUUACAGAGCAAAUGUAGGUGGGGAACUUCAUGCGGGGCGGGCUGAUAGAUGCAUGCAGCUCCGGAGGGCAGAGAGUGCAAGAAAACAGCCAGAGACAAGCCUGUGAGUAUCCUUGCUCCCUGCAAACCGUGGUGUGUGGAUCCGGACAAGACAAAAGCAUAAAAAAACAAACCCAGGUCUUCAGUGAAGAGGGGCCAAAAUGCUGGACUUUAGGGAAAUGAUGGAUGUCGAGGUGCCCAUGGCGUAUGCGAAAUAUUCAGUUUUAGUCCUUGUAAAAAUGAUGUUAAUGAGUCCUCUAACGGGGUUCUACAGAAUGAAAAAAAAGGCUUUUACUAAUCCUGAAGAUGCAUCCUCUUUUGCUAAAGGAGAGGGUGCCAAAAAGUUCCUGAGAACUGAUCCAGAUGUGGAGCGUGUGCGCAGAAUCCACCUCAAUGACCUUGAGAACAUCAUUCCAUUCCUUUUCGUUGGAUUAUUCUAUUCCAUCAGUGGUGUUUCUCUCUCCACUGCCUUGCUGCAUUACAGAAUCUUCCUUGGGUCUAGAAUCUUCCACACCAUUUCCUAUUUUAUCCCUCUCCCCCAGCCCUGCAGGGGUCUGGCUUGGUUUACUGGUUACUUGGUUACCUUUUCAAUGAUAUAUAAGCUUGUGACCGUUGCUUUGAAUAUGUGAUGGGAAACUGCCACUUUUCACACCAGAAUUGCCCGGCCACAAUAGCUCUCCAGUCUUCUACCUUCUGGGAAUGCUCUCCACAUUGAUUCUUCUGCCAAGGAAACCUUACAUGUCUGCUGUAAGAUCCCAAUGCAUUGCAGACAUGAGGUGCUGGUUAGGCAUGUUGAAAUGGUUGCCUUUUUUCAGCUGAAUGUGGCCUGGAACACACUCAACUCUCUCCUACAACCCAAAUUACAGGGAAGAUCCAUGAGUGGUAGACAACAGUCUUUCCGAGAAAGUUGUCCACCAGACCUGGUCCUCUCAUUGAACCCCUGAGAAGCUUCUAGGGGUGGCCCAAGAACCUGAGGUGAGGAGCCAAAUGUUGCCUUGCCUCAAGACCCUAGUGGCUGCAAGACCCUAGUGGGGGCCAGCCAGCCUUCAAGACUGGCCCUUGCAAGCUUUGAACAUAGCUUGCAAGGGGAGGAGGGGAGGUUUCCAGUGGCCUCCUCUUCUCUCCUCCUUCUACCUACAAACAUUGCAGUGAGUGUGAGGAGAGGUUUUCCUUGCAAAGCCUGCAAGGGUCAGAUUCGUCCUCAUGAGCAGAGCUGCUCCAAUGGCAGUGGUGGAGGCCAUCUUGCUGCCAUGAUGGUGCCUCUCUAAUUUGCUGCCACCUCACCUCAGCUCAUGAAAGGGUCUCCCAUGGAAAUUUCAAAGAGUUCCUCAGUUCACAGUUUGAAACCACUGCCAUACCAUGAUGUUCAGAUGCCUUUCUGUGCAACGGUCGGGCACCCUUGUGGGGGUUUCAAUUAUUGAAGCUCCUCUAUUUUCAUUCACUGGCCUUGCUGUUAUUUCUACACAAUUUCUUCACUUUUAAUACUUAAGAAAUAGCCCAGAACCUUGCUCAGCAUUGCCUAAAGUAUCCAGGAUCUUGAGGCAACUGCUGUUCUCUGCUGCAUGAUCGUUACUUUAGGUAAUCUUUCUCUUUGGACAAUGUUUUACUUUUAAAAGUUAAGGGCUAUUGGUCAUGAUAAAUUCAAAUGGCAUGGCAUGGUUAUUACUGUUCAUGAGUUUCUUGAGGCACCUAGUUGGUCACUGUUGGAAACAAAAUGGUGGACUAGAUGGAGAUUGACCUGAUCCAACAAUUCAUUACUUAGCUUAGUUUGUUAACAAACAAUUGGAAGCCCAUCCCAGCUUCUGAAUGAGUAGGGCUAUCUUGUUCUGAGUUGAUCUAACUCCAUCUAAUUCAGUAUUAUCAAUCCCGAGUGGUAGAAGGAUUCCACUGGUUAUGAUGAAAUCUUGCCUAAUACUAUAGGAGGGCCAAUCAGGCAAUUGGUUGAAGGGCUUAAUUUGCAUGUGAGCUCAGAUCUGGCAUCUGUUUCUAAAGUUGGGAUGAGUUCUGACAUACAUGAAGUAGUAACAAGUGCCUGUAAGCAUGUGGAGGGUCCAAUAGUACCAAAUCAGGUCAACUCAAGCAUCCUACCCCCGAGAUCUUCCACUCAACCACUUUACAUACAGUGAGAAGACAGCUGUGAAUGCAGUGACAUUGCUUCUGUUUGAAAAGGACUACUGGAGGAAAGGGACAAAUUUCCCUGCAGUUCUGGGGAAGUUGCAUGGUUUUUGUGGGGAAUUGUAGUCUUUUCAGAGAUGGCAGCGAUGAUGGAAAUGGCCACAACCUCUGAAAAGACCAUGAUUCCCAAAAUACCUUGCAACUUUCCCAGAACUGCAGGAAGAGGAAAUGAAAUGACCCUUCUUCUGGAAGUUCUCUUCAAACAGAAGCUGCAUUGCUGCAUCUAUUUCUGUCUACUCCCUGUUACUAAAGCAUUUAGGAAAGAUGCUGAGGAGUGGGGCACACUGGCAAAAUGGCUGAAACAUUUUGGCCCAAAUCAAACCUCAACCCCAAAUCGAAUUGAUGGGCAGUUCCAAAGACUGAGGUGGCCCCCAAAUUAAAUUGUGUCUGCUUUAUAAAAUCCUACAAUCUAUCUAUACUCUGAGGUGACCUCAGAAAGUCAUCCUACAGGUUGUAAACGCAUAGACAGAAUUGUAAACCGAUAAACAGAAACCCAUGAACAAAGGUUUUAAGAGGUUUGAAUGGUACAUUCCUUGAGUAUCAUUCAGCAUUCCAAAUGAUGUUAUCAACAAAACGUUUGCUUAAGUUUUGCUGUGUUCAUUAAGAUGGUUUUUGCUCCAGUUUAUAGUAACUCUGCUAUAAUAAUGAUAUAAUUCUGAUAUAACACUGAAAUUAUUAUUUCUGAGAUUAUGAACAACUUUCUUAUUCCCGUUAGGGAGGGGAGUCUCUUUCCCCAUCUUCUCUUUCACGUAUUGCUUCACCUCAGUGGAAUGCCUUGUGUAGGGCAGGCUUUAAGAUUUUUUAAUGUAUAACAACUCUUUACUGAUGGCAUGUACGCAUGGUAAUUUUCCACAGAUGCUAUUUUGGGAUGUAUCUUUUUGAAGCAUAAAUCAAUAAAGACAAGAGCAAAAAGAAAAA